AUGGCCCCGACUGCAAGGAAGCUCAGUCGUGAGACUCUUCAACGCAAUGGCAUUGUUAUUGAGAUGGAAAUCAGCGAGGAUGGCUGGCCCGAUGGAAUUGCGCAAAUCAGAGAUCGAAUCCUCUCGUUCGACCGCAUCAUUCCGCCCAAAAAGGUAGAGUUUACGCUGUGCACAAGUGAACUUGACGAGUAUGACUACACAACAUCAGAAGACGAGGACUACGAGCCAGAGAGUAGUGAAGAAGAAGACGACAGCAGUGACGGCAGUGACGGCACCAAAGGCAGCCUGGAGGACGACGAAGAUCUUGACUCUGAGUCAUACAAAGAGCUCACCCCCAGCCGUGGAUACAGGCACAAGGAGGGUGUGGAUGUUACUGGAGCUGAAGACUUAGACAGAACUGGUGCAUCCAAUAUUGAAACAGGGACCUCCCGCAAAAACUCAAAUAAUGAUAAACUGAUCUGUUACCCAUGGGCGGUGGUUGAAGUCAAAAGACCCAGCGCAUCGCGACAGGAUAUCGAGUAG